CCUCCGUGAAGAGAGACACAGUGCGAUGUGGACUUUCAGCCUGCUCCUCUUCUGCGGUUGGCAGCACUACUCAACACAGGCGAAUUUGGAUGUGAAUGAGUGUGCGGACACCACCACGCGCCCAGCUUAUGCCACCUGCACCAACACUGUGGAAAGUUACUACUGCACUUGUAAACGAGGCUUCCUGUCCAGCAAUGGACUGACGCGGUUCAGAGGCCCAGGAGUGGAAUGCAAAGAUGUAGAUGAAUGUUCUCUACGCCCCUCACCAUGUGGUCCUAACUCAGUCUGCAAAAAUCUGCCAGGGAGGUACAAGUGCAGCUGCUUGCCUGGUUUCUCUUCUCCCACUGGAGAUAACUGGGUCCCGGCAAAGCCAGGUCACUUCUCCUGUGCAGACAUCAAUGAAUGCCUCAGUGGAGUCUGCCCGGAGCAUUCUGAGUGCACCAACUCUUUGGGAAGCUACAGUUGCCACUGCCAAGAUGGAUUCAUCUCUAACAACUCCCGCUGUGAAGAGGUGGAUGAAUGUACCGAUCCCAGAGCUUGCCCGGAACAUGCAACCUGCCACAACAGUUUUGGAAGCUACUCUUGCAUCUGCAACCCAGGAUUUGAAUCCAGCAGUGGAAACAUGAGUUUCCAUGCCCCAGGAGUGACGUGCGAAGAUGUGGAUGAAUGUUCCAGAAACUCAACUCUUUGUGGUCUCAGUACUAUCUGCAACAACAUCCCAGGAGAAUACAGUUGCUCCUGCCUUCCCGGGUUCAUUUUGCUUGAUUUUUGGAUCCCGAAGCAACCAGAGGCUUUAAAAUGUACAGAUAUUGAUGAGUGCCCGGAUAUGUGCCCUUUCAAUUCAACAUGCACUAAUACCCUUGGGAGCUACUUUUGUACCUGUCACCCUGGCUUUGCACCAAGCAAUGGACAGCUGAUCUUCACAGAGCAAGAGGUGGAAUGCAGAGAUAUUGAUGAGUGUAUCCAAGAUCCAUCACUAUAUGGCCCCAAUUCUGUCUGCACCAAUGCCCUGGGCUCCUACAGCUGUGGCUGCAUUGUGGGCUUUCGUCCUCAUCCAGAAGGCUCAUGGAAAUAUGGCAACUUCAGCUGCAAACGGGUUCCCUUCAAGUGUAAAGAAGAUGUGAUACCCAACAAUAAACAGGUCAUGCUGUGCCAAUUUGGAGCAGCAGUAGAGCCUGAAUAUGUGUCAUUUUGUGCACUAAUGAAUGCCACCUUCAGCGUUCUGGACGAGACCUGUGCAAACAAAACCACUGUCCCUUCUCUGAAGCUGAGUACAGCUGAGAGCUUUGCCUCUGUGCUUGAACAAACAUCCGCGUGGUCCAGCUUCACCAAAGACGAGAUAUCCACCCUGGCCACAGUCUUACUGGAGAGCGUGGAAAACACCACGUUGGCAGCUCUUCUGAAAUCUUCAGCAAAUGGCAGUCAAACUGUUCAGACAGAGCACUUAGAGAUUGAGAGCAAAGUCAUCAAGAACGAAUGCGCUGAAGAGAAUGUGGCCUUUAACUUGAAAGCCAAAGGGAAUGAGAUGAAGAUUGGCUGUUCCACAAUUGAAGAUGCUGAAUCCACCGGGACCACUGGGGUGGCUUUUAUUUCCUUUGUGGGUAUGGAGUCUGUUCUAAAUGAGAGCUUCUUCCAAGACCCUCUGACCCCUAACUCCAAAAGGAAGUUGAAGAUGAAUUCUCACGUCAUUGGGGGCAUCAUGACAGGGGAGAAGAAAGACGGGUUCUCCGAGCCAGUGAUCUACGCUCUGGAGAACAUCGAGCCAAAGCAGAAGUUUGCUUUGCAGAGGCCUAUCUGCGUUUCCUGGAGCACAGACGUGGCAGGCGGUAGGUGGACCUCGUCUGGCUGUGAAGUCCUUGGAGCCUCCGAGAUGCAUACUGUCUGCAGCUGCAAUCGAAUGGCGAACCUGGCCAUGAUCAUGGCUUCCGGGGAGCUCACGAUGGUUUUCUCCUUGUACGUCAUUAGCUACGUGGGCACGGUCAUCUCCCUGGUGUGUCUCAUCUUGGCCAUCGCCACUUUCCUGCUGUGCCGUGCCAUUCGCGACCACAACACCUACCUCCACCUGCACCUCUGCGUGUGCCUGCUCUUGGCCAAGAUUCUCUUCCUCGCCGGUGUAGACAAGGCUGACAACCAGACAGGCUGCUCCAUCAUCGCGGGCCUCCUGCACUACCUGUUCCUUGCCUGCUUCUUCUGGAUGCUCGUGGAGGCCACGAUGCUCUUCCUUACGGUCAGGAACCUGAAGGUGGUAAAUUACUUCAGUUCCCGCAAGGUCAAGAUGCUGUACCUCUGUGCCUUCGGCUACGGGCUCCCAGCACCGGUGGUGGUCGUCUCCGUCAGCGUGCAGCCACAGGGCUACGGGACGCACACUUGCUGCUGGUUGAAUAUAGAGACAGGGUUUAUCUGGAGCUUCCUGGGGCCAGUGUGCGCAAUCAUAAUGAUCAAUUCCGUUCUCCUGACUUGGACCUUGUGCAUCCUGAGGCAGAAGCUUUCCAGCGUCAAUGCCGAAGUCUCAACCCUCAAAAACACCAGGUUGCUGACGUUCAAGGCCUUUGCCCCGCUCUUCAUCUUGGGGUGCUCCUGGGUGUUGGGCAUUUUCCAGGUAGGACCCAUGGCCAGUGUCAUGGCCUACCUGUUCACCGUCGUCAAUAGCUUACAGGGAGCCUUCAUCUUUCUCAUUCACUGUCUGCUCAACCGCCAGGUACGGGAAGAAUACAGGAGAUGGAUCACCAGGAAGACCAAACCCAGGUCCCCGUCCCAGACCUCAGGGAUCUUACUGUCGUCCAUCCCCUUUGCUUCCAGAAUGGUGAGGGACUGCGUGUUUGAUGCAGGUUCUGAUGGAAUGGAACGCCUGCUCCUUAGCAAUACUAGACACUGCUGUCUGGUAGCACCUACUGUGAGCUAA